AUGGAUCCAAUCAUCGAAGAAGAUGAACCAUUAGAAACACCUCCACUAUCACCAACAGAACCUCAACCUCAAACGCCACCCUCCAAGGCUACCUCCAACGAAGCAUCAUCGUCAGAUUCCUCUGCGAAUUCCAAUGCGUCGGUAGAUGCCAUAAAGGAAAGACGCCAAAGACUAUUUGAUAUCUACACCUUCACCCCAACCCAGCAAAUCCCCAGAGAUGUCUACAGACUCACAGACCAACCGCCCGUCGUCCGUUGGCCUCCCAAAGAGCCAGUUCAAUGUAACUAUGUUCUGUGUUCUCCAGAGAUAAACGAACAAUACACUACUUCAAUCAAUCAAAUCCGUCCAAACUUCCUUACAAAAGCAGAAUCAAAAAUCGGUGUGGAAUUAGAUACCGACUUCCCAAGAUUUCUCCCCAAAAGAGACGCUAGACCCAUCGGUCUUUUAAGGUCUGUCAGUCUAAAGCUCACAGAGCCUCCAAAAUCCUCAUCCUCUUCGACAGCCGAAAACGAAAGCACUAGGUCCGCGUCGCCAGUCCUCGAAACCUCCCGUCAGCUAUCUUCUCGAAAGCCAUCCUUCCGCUCAAAUCCCAUCCCAAUCGAAAACAUUUCUCAAAAACGAGUCUCUCUAAUCCCAGCCGGUCUCAAGAUCCUUCCUAAGUGGGGCGGUCAAACCGAGACCCUUCCAAAGCCGUACGAAAGCCGUAUGUGCAAUGGUUGCGAUAGAUAUAUUACUUUGACAAAGACACAAUACGUGUGUAACGAUAUUGGCUGUGCUAACCGACUUUGUGAUAGAUGUUAUAACAUCUGGUUAGACGCAAAAUGGGAAGGUCGAGGAAUCGUUACUCCUGAGAAACUUCGGAUGGCACACACGGCCGCUGAAAUUCGAGAACGAUAUGCAAAAGGAAUGUUACAAGACCAAAAUACCUCUCUUAGAGACAAAACAAAAUACAUUGGUGAAGCAGCAGCCGUAGCAGUCGGCCACAACUUCACAGACCCCUCGUACCAAUCCCACAAAAUCGGCCACAAAACCGAUCCAUUCCGCUACAGAAGGCUAGACCUGAACCCUCUAAAAGAAGUCUUCGGAAAAGAAGAAGUUGAAAUGACUCUCCUCGACUCCUCUACCACCAAAGAAUCAUCUUUAACCCAAAAAGUGGGCCUAGACGAACCCCGCCACAUGAUCGACCUCGACUCCGACGAAGACAUACUCUGGGGUUGGGAUUAUGCAAUCGACAAGCGAGACGCUGCAGCAACGGGCCGAACCGCACCCGCAUUACCUCAAUUGGACUAUCAACCCCCAACCCACGCGCACGCCACGCCAACUCCAUCCCAUCACUCUUCGAUGAGGACGACGUCAUCGUCAUCUCUCACAGUCAUUUCAUCGUCCGAGACCGUAGUCGGCAGGGCUGAUGUUGACAGUAUCCAUAAUAACUAUACCCAACGUUCUUCGUCUCCUUCUUGGACGAUUUGGACGCUUAGGUCGUCUGAUUCGAUUUCUGAGCGUUUUAUCUAA